AAUAGCUUCUGUGUCGUGCCAAACUAAGAUCAUCCCUAUUGUAUCAUUUCCUCGACGGAGCUUAACUAGCUAGAACGUGAAAUAAGUGCGCAGGCGGCCGGCGGUUAGCAUGCAGAGGGAUCCGCUUAUAGUUGGGAGCAUCGUCGGCGACAUCGUCGACUACUUCGACGCAUCAGCACGGCUGAGGGUGCUGUACCACAACCGCGAGAUCACCAUCGGUUCCGAGCUGAGGCCGUCGCAUGUGGCGAACCAGCCGACGGUCCAGAUCACAGGACUAUCCGGAUCACUCUACACACUCGUGAUGGUCGACCCUGAUGCACCUAGCCCAAGCGACCCUUCUGAGAGGGAAUACCUCCACUGGAUGGUCACAGAUAUACCAGAACGAGGUGAUGUCAACCGUGGAAACGAGGUGGUGUCCUAUGAGAGCCCGCGACCGGCGGCCGGGAUCCACCGCUUUGCCUUCGUGGUGUUCCGCCAGAUAGUGCAGCAGACAAUCUAUGCACCGGGUUGGCGUGCUAACUUCAACACAAGGGACUUCGCAGCAUUCUACAACCUGAAUGCACCAGUUGUAGCAGCCUACUUUAACUGCCAAAGGGAGGGCAGUUGCGGUGGCCGGAGGUACCGGUGAACCUAACUAGUAGUAUGUAAAUGGCAAACGUCGUUUCAUCUGAAGAAAAGGGAGGCCACAUACACGCGAUCGUUCAAUCUAGAUAUAUCAUACAAAAUAAAUUUACUCGUAUAACCUCGAUGCAUAUAAUAUGUCAUUGGGAUCUGGUCUUCACUGACUUUACGUGAUGAUGUCAAUACUUAUGUGUUGUUCCUUUUUUGAAGGAGUGAAACCCAUGACCUGAUAUUUGUUGACCAAAUCUGGUGACGGUAAUGUUGCCUAGGGUAGAGGUUGAUGUCGUCGAGUUGUGUUUUGUUCCUUUUGGCUUUCUUUGAAACUAAACUGGUUGAGUGCAUCCCAUACGUAUGGAGUUGCUCUUAAUCUUGAGUUGUUUCAGAGGUCGAAUGCAAUAUACAUAUCAUCUUGGCAUUUAAUAUACAUUCCUCAAGGUCCACUUUUUU